AAUGUUAUUUUAUAGUUUACGUCAAAGUGGAGCCCCUUUAGUUCAACUUGCCAUUGAAGAGGGCCAUGAUUUGUCACCUUGGAUGAGUGCCAUCAUGGCAGCUGCUGUGCGCCGCAGUAAUUCCUACCGACCUAUUAGUCCCUUGGAAAAGGCCUUUACUUUAUCACAACCACAGACACUCAAAUCACCUUAUGGCUAUAUGAAGAUCAACAUUCCAUCAAAUGACAAUGAAGAUGGAGGGAGUACUUAUGAAGUACCAAUGGAGUCCUUCUCUGAAAUGUUCAAGAUCACUGGUUACCAGUCUACUCCUGUCCAUGAAAGCGAGGCAUACAAUCCACCUUUACCACCAUUACCCAUUGACUCUGACUCAUCAUCAGAAACUAGUUCUGAUUAUGCAGAUGGUGAAGAUGCAGUUACUUCAAGCAAACAGUUAGAACAAGGACUUUUUGAUAGAAAAAGGCAAUCUUUGUUGGAUGAUGGCACUGACAGCCCUAGUGAUCAGAGUAAUCACUGCCUUAGUUUCAGUGAGUCAUUUGUUAGUGAUGAGGCCAAGUGUGAAAAGGUUGUAAGAAAAAGGUCUUCUAAAGCCCUGAGUAAUGCUAGUUUGGAUUCAGGGGGUUCUGGUUCAGAAAUUACCGCCAAACAACAGUAUACUAGAAAAUCAAGUAUUUCCAAUGGUCCACGGACAAAGAGGAGAAGAAAGCAGACAUCUGCUGAAAGUGAAGCCAAGUUUUUACAGGACCCUCUAGCCAUUCAUAGUGGAGUACUGUUUCAAAAGCGGCCCCUUGGUGUCUGGUCGAAGCGAUACUGUAAACUAAUGCAUAAACAAAUACUGUGUUACAGGCAUGCUGAUGACAUAAAGCCGUCACUAACAAUUGAUCUCCUUGACCAUGACAUCAGUUUGAUCGAUAGCAAGGAAUCCAAGAAAGCAUAUGGAUUUAAAGUAUCUCACCCCAGCCUAGAAAGUUACAGUUUUGCCACAGACUCCAGGGUGGCUGUGGAAAGAUGGAUUGAGCUACUAUCCCUGGCAGCUACAGGCAGACAUGACAUUAUAGCUCCUUACCCACCGUACUUUAAGGCUGACUCAUCUGAUGAACAACAAUUAACAAAGUCGCACGAUUCCUUGAAUUUUGAUGAGGAUGCCCUUGAAAGUGGUGAUGCUACUGACUUCACUAGUCAUAGAAGUAGGAUAGAUGACGACACCAGUUGUUUUGCUGCAGAUGAACUGGACGAGGAGUUGUCUAGUGAUGCCAGGGACGAUAGUUCACAUCACAAGUUAACUCAACGUCGUGUUAAGUCACCACCACGUAGAUCAACUCGUCACGUUAAAGUCGGAGUACGAGAAAGAGCUCUAAGGAGAAAAGACGACAAGAAGACGAAUGAAACGUCGAGCAAAGAUUCUUCGUACGUUGAUCAAAGAAUACUUACUAGUGAUUCGGGAGGUGAAGGCAAACUUGAUAACAGGGUAUGAAUUACAUGACCGUUCAAUUGGUAGCGAUAUAUGUGGAAUGUUGUAUUGAUAUAUUCUUGAUGAUUGGUCACAGUAUCUGUGUAGCUUUGAUGUGGUGAGAGUUAGAUGGAUUGCUGUGCUGUUGUAUAGAUGUAAAGUUGACACAAGUGUAUGUGAUAUGUGAAACGUUUUGAGGUGGCGGUGUAUUGGUUUGAUUUGCGUCUUGAAGGAUGGACGCGUUAUCGGUCGGUAGAUGUGUUGUAUCUAUGGUAUUUUAUGUUGUUUAGUUGUUCGUUGUGUUCAUUUUAAUAGUUGUUUGGCAUUUUGGUACAUGGAGAAGUGAUGUGCGCUCUACAAUCACAAUGCAUUUGGGCUUCUUUUAUUAUCAGUGUGAACCAAUGUUGUUUGACUGUUUAAGCUCACUUUCAUGUGAUCUUUUUUUGUCUAGWACAUAGUAUUUUAAUUAGAGAUUCUGAAUGUCUCAAGCGAGACAUUAUUGAAUUGAUUGGUUUUCUUGUGCCAACAAAAAAAAAAACGGCUGCCUGUAUAGUGCCGAAACGGUACUAAGAUCAGUUUGCGAACCCAUAAUUUUUCGUCUCUUCUGUCAAUCACCUCACAGUUCCGCGAAUAAGAUUCUUCGUAAUCAGCAUUAGCUAAUCACAUAGUGAGAAUGAACCUUCUGGUGUCGCGAUAGAAUGUGAUCUGCAAUGAUAUUCAUUCAAACUAUCAUUACUUAUCUCCAACAACUGUGAGCUAUUCAUCUCAGGCCCAUCGAACUGUCAAUUUGAUUACUUUUUACCGACUUCGCAUUACUGGAACCAUAAUUUUUAUAAUG